UUGCAUGCCUGGCUGCACACACACAAAAAAGAUGCUUGGGAUUUAACGCCUUAAUCGUCCGUCUCUCUCUCCUGGAAUAUUCCUGCCUCCCCUCCCUGAGUGUGUGUACGGUAGAUGCAGACCGCCGCGGCCAUGCAGCAGAUUGUGCAUUUCUCUGUGUCCUUCCUCAUCGUCUUGUGGGGGUGCGCGCACGGAGGCUCGCCCAGCGUCCAAAUCGGGGGGCUCUUUCCGAGGGGCGCGGACCAAGAGUACAGCGCCUUCCGGAUAGGCAUGGUCCAGUUUGGUACGGCUGAGUUCCGGCUCACGCCUCACAUUGACAACCUGGAGGUGGCCAAUAGCUUCGCUGUCACCAAUUGCUUCUGCUCGCAGUUCUCCAGGGGCGUCUACGCCAUUUUCGGAUUCUACGACAAGAAGUCGGUCAACACCAUCACGUCGUUCUGCGGCACUUUGCACGUGUCCUUCAUCACGCCCAGCUUCCCGCUGGAUGGCAACCAGCAGUUCAUCAUCCAGAUGAGGCCCGACAUCAAGGGGCCGCUGCUCAGCCUCAUCGAGUACUACAAGUGGGACAAGUUCGCCUAUCUGUACGACAGCGAUCGAGGCCUGACGACGCUUCAGGUGGUCCUGGACACGGCGGCCGAGAGGAAGUGGCAAGUGACUGCCAUCAACGUAGGAAACCUGAAAGAUGAGCGCAAGGAUGAAGCGUAUCGCUCGCUUUUCCAGGACCUGGAAAAUAAGAAGGAGCGGAGGGUGAUCCUGGACUGUGAACAGGACAAAGUCAAAGACAUCAUGGACCAGGUCAUCACCAUUGGCAGACACGUAAAAGGCUACCAUUACAUCAUAGCCAAUCUGGGUUUUGUCGAUGGCGACCUAUCUAAAAUCCAGUACGGCGGUGCCAAUGUGUCAGGCUUUCAGAUUGUGGAUUUCGACGAUCCGCUGGUGUCCAAGUUUGACCAGCGGUGGGAGGCCCUGGAGGAGAGGGAGUAUCCGGGAGCAGAUAGCAAAAUCAGGUACACAUCGGCCUUGACAUACGACGCGGUGCAGGUGAUGACGGAGGCCUUCCGCUACCUGCAUAAGCAGCGUAUCGACUUCACCCGGCAGGCCAACGCUGGCGACUGCCUGGCUAACCCAGCCGUUCCCUGGGCUCAGGGAGUGGAGAUCGAGCGAGCGCUGAAGCAGGUACGCGUGGAGGGCCUGACGGGCAACAUCCAGUUUGACCAACACGGCAAGCGUGUCAACUACUCCGUGAACAUCAUGGAACUAAAGAACAACGGCCCUGUAAAGAUUGGCUACUGGAACGAGGUUGACAAAAUGGCCGUCACCAAAUCCGAUAUCUCUGCCAACGACUCGACGGGGAUGGAAAAUAAAACGGUCAUUGUCACCACCAUCUUGGAAGCUCCUUACGUCAUGUUGAAAAAGAACGCUGACCUCUUUGAGGACAACGACCGCUACGAAGGCUACUGCGUGGAUUUGGCCGCCGAGAUCGCCAAACAUUGCGGCUUUAAAUAUCAGCUGAAAAUUGUCGGCGACGGGAGAUACGGGGCCAGGGAUGCCGAGACCAAAAUCUGGAACGGGAUGGUCGGCGAGUUAGUGUACGGGAAAGCCGACAUCGCCGUGGCUCCACUGACCAUCACCCUGGUCCGAGAAGAGGUGAUUGACUUCUCCAAACCUUUUAUGUCUCUGGGGAUCUCCAUCAUGAUCAAAAAGCCCCAGAAGUCCAAGCCUGGCGUCUUCUCCUUCCUGGACCCGCUGGCCUAUGAGAUCUGGAUGUGCAUCGUGUUCGCCUACAUCGGCGUCAGCGUGGUGCUCUUCUUGGUCAGCCGCUUCAGCCCGUACGAGUGGCACACCGAGGAGUACGAGGACGGCCAGAUUCAGACCAACGAGUCCACCAAUGAAUUUGGCAUAUUUAACAGCCUGUGGUUCUCCCUGGGGGCCUUCAUGCGACAAGGCUGUGAUAUUUCGCCAAGGUCUCUAUCCGGCCGCAUCGUCGGCGGCGUGUGGUGGUUCUUCACGCUCAUCAUCAUCUCCUCCUACACGGCCAAUCUGGCUGCUUUCCUCACUGUGGAGCGGAUGGUGUCACCCAUUGAGAGCGCCGAGGAUCUGGCCAAGCAGACCGAGAUUGCGUAUGGCACGCUAGACUCAGGCUCCACUAAAGAGUUCUUUAGGCGUUCUAAAAUUGCCCUCUUUGACAAAAUGUGGACAUACAUGCGGAGUGCGGAGCCCUCUGUGUUUGUGAAAAAAACAGCCGAGGGGGUUCUGAGAGUCCGCAAGUCCAAGGGCAAGUACGCCUAUUUGCUGGAGUCCACCAUGAAUGAGUACAUUGAGCAGCGCAAGCCGUGUGACACCAUGAAGGUGGGAGGCAACCUGGACUCCAAAGGCUACGGGAUCGCCACGCCCAAAGGAUCCUCAUUAAGAAAUGCGGUUAACCUCGCAGUACUAAAACUGAAUGAGCAAGGCCUGUUGGACAAAUUGAAAAACAAAUGGUGGUACGACAAAGGAGAGUGCGGCAGCGGGGGAGGUGAUUCCAAGGAGAAGACCAGCGCCCUCAGCCUGAGCAACGUGGCUGGGGUCUUCUACAUUCUGGUCGGAGGACUCGGCUUGGCCAUGCUGGUGGCCUUGAUCGAGUUCUGUUACAAGUCCCGAGCCGAGGCCAAACGAAUGAAGAUGACUUUCGGAGACGCCAUGAGAAACAAAGCGAGACUUUCAGUCACCGGGAGCACUGGGGAGAAUGGUCGGGUGAUGACUCCGGAGUUUCCGAAGGCCGUCCACGCCGUCCCGUACGUCAGGCCCGACAUGGGCCUCAACGUCAGCCUGACAGACCUGUCCUGAUCCCAGACCAACUUCCGAGUGCCUUACCAUGGUUUCAAAAAGUAAAGAAAAAAAAGAGCGCUUUUGUUCUUUUUUUCUUCCAAAAGGUUUGUCCCCCCCCCCACCUCCCCCCAUCCCUGACACUUCCUGCUCUCGCUGUUUUGGCACUUUUUUUCUUGAAUGGGAACGUCAGAGAUUGCAAAGACUUGGUUCUUGGUCGCUAUUUACCCCCAAUGUUUAAAAAAAAAAAAGGCAAUCCUGGAAUAUCUUGGAGUUUUAUUUCCCUUCCUAAAUGUGUGAAAGCGAGGGAUUGAUU